AUGUUCCUGGCCGCCGUUGCGCGUCCGCGCUACGAUCACUACCUCAAGCGCAUGUUCGACGGCAAGCUUGGUAUUUGGCCCUUUGUCCAACGAAUUCCCGCGACAAGGAACAGCAAGAGCCGUCCGAAGGGCACGUUGGUGACGACCCCACUGAACGUCGACGCCAAGGUGUAUACGGCCAGCGUUCUCAACAAUGCCGUCCCCGCAAUCGCGGCCAAGUUUCCUCGUGCCUGUUUGCAACGUGGUGUUCUCAUCCAACAAGACAACGCAAGCCCGCACAGAGUU